AUGGCAGCUCCCGGCGAAGACUACCGCCCCGCUUACCCUCCCAAAACCAAACCCCACCUAUCCAGUGGUAUCCCAUUCCCAGAAGCCUGCGCACAUCACAUCACAAACACAUUUAAAGCAUCGAGAGUUUAUAUCAUCGUGUCGAAUUCGAUCAGUAAAACAGAAAACUUUACCAAGCUUGAGAAGGCACUUGUUGGAAAAGUCGCGGGGGUGAGGAAGGGAAUCAAGCCCCACACGCCUUGGGAUGACCUAGUGGAAAUUAUCCAAGAUAUCAAGGAGAAAAAUGCGGAUUCUAUUGUUACUCUGGGAGGAGGAUCCCUUACUGAUGGAGCUAAAGUCAUUACAUUUGCAUUAGCCAACGAUAUCUCUACUCUCGACGGAUUGUAUAAACUAACCGCAGAUGCCAAAACUCAAAACCUAAAGCCCAUCACAAUGCCUGUGAUCAAUAUCCCAACCUCUCUCUCCGGUGGAGAGUAUUCUGCCUUUGCGGGUGCCACGAAUACGAGAAAUCAUCACAAAGCCUCAUUCUCACAUCCUACCAUGGGUGCAGACAUUAUCAUCCUAGAUCCAGCCCUUAGUACCACUACACCCAGGGGAAUUUGGCUGUCUACGGGGAUAAGAGGGGUAGAUCAUUGUGUCGAGGGCCUAUGUUCUCUGCAGCCUACUGUGACAGAGGAAACAGAGAAACGCUUCUCAAAGGGUCUGAAACUCUUGGCUCCGAAUCUACUACUUACAGCGAAGGAUUGGGAGGCGGAAGAGCCAAGGUUACAAGAGCACCUUGGUGUUGUGGAGGCGAUGGGAGCGUUGGGAUUGGGUGUUCCUAUGGGUGGGAGUCACGGUAUUGGACAUCAAUUGGGACCUUUGGGCGUCGGCCAUGGAGAGACCAGUUGUAUCAUGUUGCCGGCUGUGCUGAAGUAUAAUUACCUGCACGGAGAUGAGAAGGUCAGGAGGCCCCAGCAAAAGGUACUGGAUAUUCUAUGGGGCGAAGAAACUGUUGCGGGGGUAUUGAAGAAGCGAGGUCUUAACAAGCAGACUGCUGAUGCCGGUGAUGCUGUUGGUGCGAUUAUUAGUGAGCUAGGAAUGCCGACGACACUGAAAAGUGUGGGCGUUAAGAGGGAGCAAUUGGAUGCCCUGGCCGUUAACUGUCUGAAAGAUCGCUGGUUGCAGACGAAUGCAAUUCCGUUGACAGAAAAGAAGCAAGUGCUUGAAAUUCUAGAGAUGGUGGUAGGGGAUGGGAAUAGCAGUCUAUAA